GUUAAAUUGUCAACGGUGGAGCAAAGAAGCAACGGCUUCUUGGCGUCAUUGUGCUCACAACGGUAUGUGAGAAGAUCCAUGCUCCGGAUGGUCCGAUGGGGAAAAAAGUAGACGUGCGAAUUGCAUGGCACUUUUGCUGCUAGUCAUCUUGCGGUCUGCAACUUGCUACGGCUGCUGCUGCUUGCCCUUUGUCGGCGGGCUCGGACUGCAACGGAUGCUGAGCCAACAUAUAAGGCGCAGUGUUUUCCUAAUCACGAGGGUACCGUGCUCCUCAGCCGUCUGCGACUCGCUCAAUCUCUACCUGACCAUGAGGCUUCACUACCUGUUUGCUCUCUUGCUCUGCCUCACCUACUGUUCGAAGACGCUGGCGUCCUCGAGCUCAGACUCGGAGCGUACCAUCUCCAACCCCAGCUCUCCAAUCCGCCGCCCUGUACCCAUGACUGCGCACGGCACUGGCCCCGGUCCCUUCUCUCAUGCCCUCAACCGCUUCGUCCGUCUUGAGGACCUCAAGCAUCGACCUGCCCGAUCGAAUCGCGCUAAUGCGGAUCCUUACUAUGCGAAAAAGGCUCUGAGGACGGACCUCAACUCGCUUUCGGCCCAGCUGCAGCGCUCCCGUGCCUAUCUGGCGAAGAAACCACCUGUACAGCAGUCGAUUCCUCUCGAUAAGGAAGCACGGCGCAAGGAGGCGGUGGACCUCUACCUCCGCAAGAAGAGGCUUCGAGAGAAGAAGAAGGCUUCCAAAGACGCUGCUGACACUGGCGGUGAUGCUCGGGCUGGUCACAAAGCUACUGUCCCUCAAAAAGCCGACUCUCCCCCUCUCUCUGCCUUUGAGGGACACCCGAUCCUAGGACCUCACCUAUACUACCGAAGGAAGGGCCACAAAGGGCAGCAAAAGGAUAGCGGUGACAGCGAUGGCGACUGGACUCCCACUCGCCAGGCAAAGCAGAAGUUCAAUGCCAAGGAGAAGAAGAAGCAGAAGAGCAAGACCAAGGAAGAGAGCGAGAGCAAGGGCGAGGCCAUUGGAGAGGGCAAGGGUGGUGACAGAAAGGCUACGUAUAAGGAGAAGGGCAAAGGGAAGGCGAUUGACACGCCUGAAGCACGCCCUAAGAUGCGAAAGCUCAUCAAUCUAGGAUGAGGUGCCAGGUCUGUCGUCUACUUGACUUCUUCUACUUAUCGAUCCCACCUCACCAGACCGAAAAUGAAAGUGAAGUCAUUUUUUACGAGAAAGCUCGCCUCAGCCAGCCAGGGGUAUCAUCAUCCUCUCCGUCUCCGCAUACAUGACAUCCAGUCCCGUCAAUCGCUCCAAGUAGCCCUCUUCAGCGCCCAGAGCUUUUCGAAGCAUCUCCCAGCCUUCAGUGCGGUAGGCCUGCACGACGGCGGAGGAGCAGGCGGUGCAGCG